AUGAAGCUCAUGACCUUUGCCUUGGUGCUCUUGGCCGCGGCAUUCGCCUCUUCGGCCUCCAUCCCACUUCACGAGCCGCGCGGCAUCGAGCAUGCAUCCCCACACGGCGGGAGAGUCAAGGCAAUACCGUGGGACGAAGCAGUCCAGAUCAUGAAAACACCCCCGGGUGGUUUUUGCGGCAAGGUCUCCUCGCUUGACACUAACGCCACCGAAGCCCAGCCCCGGCCCAAGUGCGCCAACACGACCAUCCGACCCGAGUGGAACCGCAUGGCCGAUGCCGACAAGCUCUCGUACGUGCGAGCCGUCAAGUGCUUGAUGGACACGCCGCCUCUGGGCGUCUGGGGCGAGAAUGCGACGAGGAGCAUCUGGGACGAGGUGGCGUGGGUCCAUGACCAGCUCAACGUGCGCAUCCACGGCGUCGACACGUUCCUGCCUUUUCACCGCUUACGCCGGGCCGAUGCCCUGGUGGCGCGAGACCAACUACACGGGCCACUUCUCCGCCUCUGGUUUUUUACGGCUGACUACUUUGGCGCGCUGCCCCCGUUGUCCAAGACGGGCGACGGGACGUGCAUCACAGACGGCGCAUUCGCCAACUUCACCGUCCGCUCCCCGGACCCGAACCACUCGUCGUGCCUCUCCCGCGGCGAGACCAAGCAAACGACCGACGAAGCGACGACGGCGAUGCUCGAUCUGUGUCAUGGUGAUGCCACCACCGAGUACACACAGCACCGCCGCUGCGUCGAGCAGACGAUCCACGCCGUCAUGCACGAAGGGAUUGGCCCCACUAUGUGGCUGCUUGCGACGUCGCCCAACGAUCCCGUCUUUUUUCUGCAUCAUGGUUUUGUGGAUUGGCAGUGGAAGCGCUGGCAGGAUGCUGCUCCAGGCCGCUCUAUGACGAUCACUGGUUGUGCCGAGUAUCCCGCUGACGGCAGCCCGUGCAUCCCCUUGACCCGGGACACAGUCUUGACAACGAUGGGUCUGAUCCCCGACAUGACGGUCGGGGAUGUGCUUGACACGGAAAACGAUGUCAUGUGCUAUACCUACGAUGAGUUUUGA